AGCGCUGAAAAUCCGGCGGCUCCCGGAAUCUUCCCGCUCGAUUCCGCCCAGCCAGCCGGGCCCGAGGAGCUGGGACACGCGCCGGCCGGGCCGGAAGUGGGGGGAGGGUCCGGGCGGAGCCGCGGAGGAGGAGAAAGAAAUGAGCUGACAUGUCAGAAAACCAUAUGUCCUCCCUGGCCUUUGGCCAGGCAGUGAUUGGGCCACCUGGCUCGGGGAAGACCACUUACUGCUUUGGCAUGCAGGAAUUCAUGUCCAGGAUUGGGCGGAAGGUGGCUGUGGUGAAUUUGGACCCAGCCAAUGAAGGGACUCCCUAUCAGUGUGCUGUGGACAUCUCAGAGCUUAUCACCCUGGCUGAUGUGAUGGAUAAUCUGAAGCUGGGGCCCAAUGGCGGUUUGAUCUAUUGCAUGGAAUACCUGGAAACCAAUUUUGACUGGCUGCAGGAAAAGCUGGCUAAACUCAAGGGUCAUUACUUUUUGUUUGACUGCCCAGGGCAGGUAGAACUCUGCACCCACCAUGGCGCAUUGAAAAAUGUCUUUGCACAGUUAGCUAAGUGGAACUUCAGGUUGGCUGCAGUUCAUUUGGUGGAUUCUCACUACUGCACAGACCCUGGAAAGUUCAUUUCAGUUCUUUGCACCUCCCUCUCAACCAUGCUGCAUGUGGAAUUGCCCCACGUCAACGUCCUCUCUAAGAUGGACCUGAUAGAACAGUAUGGCAAGCUGGCCUUCAACCUGGAUUAUUACACCGAGGUUCUGGAUCUCUCUUACCUAGUAGACCAUUUAGCCACCGAUCCAUUCUUCAAGAACUACCGUCGCCUCAAUGAGAAGUUGGUGGAGGUGAUUGAGGACUACAGCCUGGUCUCCUUUGUUCCACUCAAUGUCCAGGACAAGGAGAGUAUGCGACGGGUGAUGCAGGCAGUGGACAAAGCCAAUGGCUAUUCCUUCGGAGACUUGGAGCAGAGAAGUCUUGAAGCCCUGAUGUCUGCAGCAGUGGGAGCUGAUUUCCACUUCACAUCCACACUUGCAGUCCAGGAGAAGUAUGUGCAGCCUCAGGAGAAAACCGUGGAACAAGAAGCAAUGGAAAUAUAGUGCUCCUGUAUCUUUCAGGAGGCCCGUAGUGGAAGGAGCUCCCUUUCCUGUUUUAAAUGCGUCUCACCUCUUCCCAUUAGGAGGGACCUUCUGUGUAGUGUGACUCGGACCUGGUACUUCCUGGGCAGAAGUCCAGCUGUUAGGUUCCCUCUUUGUAUGGAUGCAGUCCUGCAUCUGAAUCCUGCUGCGUAUGAGCUAUGUUUUUCUGGGUGACAAUGAGAUCAGGACCGCCAUAGUUGAGUGCAGGCCAAAUUCAAGAUCUCCUUAAAGGAACCAGAGAGAAUCUUCACCUGAUCCAGGACAUCAGCAGCAAAAGAAAACAACCUCUUUGUAGAGCAGGCAAGACGUAGGCGCCCACUAUUGCCAAGUCUCAUCCCUCACGACCAUGACCAAGGCCAUGUCUCAAGUGAAAGACAAAUCAGCAUUUACUGCAGUGAAUGGAUGGAGCUCCUUCUUGUGGUAUGAGUUCUCCAUGUAUUGAAUGGGACCUCUGUGCAUUCUCACAGUGAGGAGUAUCCACUCCUUGGAGAGCCAGCCACCUGUCCAUUCAUCCCUGGGAGGGGGGAGAGGUGUGAGGGUUUUUUGUUUGUUUGUUUUUAAUUAUCAACUCUUUCUUUACAAAAACAUUCUCCACCCCUUAGUUUCACCCUGUACUUCUGAGUUUGCUACGAACUCCCCCGAAGUGGAGUAAAUAAAAUAAAAUGCAACAGUGCUGCAAAGCAUGAGGGACAAGAAGAGCCGUUCCUUAUCGCAGCUGCAGAUGCUGUCACGUUUCUGUUAAAAUCACUCUGUUCUCUGUUUCCUUCUGGGACCUGCCUGGAAGCAGAACAAGUAUCUGCUGGGGUUGGGGUGGAGGAAAGGAGGUCACUUCUUGUGCACUCUGUUCCAGUGGACACAUUCUGUCUCUCUGCCCUGCAUGAUGAAACACUGCCAAUGUCCUGUUGUGAGCUCCUGAAAGCUUUGCCCAAACUGUACUAACAGGAGUGUUCGUAGGCUUAGGACUGGGGAAGAGCCUGUGUGGUCCAGCAGAAGAAUGUAGCUCCACAAAGGUUGUAGCAAACCAUAGAAGUUAGGUCUUUCCUUGUCUCUGCUAGGCCCUUUACUAUAUCCUUCCUUUGCUAUAUUCCUCCGUCUUUGUGGGAUUGUUCUCUACAGUUGAUUGUCCAGUGUUUUACCCACUCAAGUUUUAAACAUCCCAAGCAACAGUGUGUCCACUACUUCCCUGGGCGAACCCUGAGUAAUUCUGCUCCUAGUUGCUGUUUGCAUCUUUAGAUAGUGAGAGACAGUUAUGAGGCUAGUAAACUGCUGGUGGAAACACACCUAUCUCUGCUAGAAUGGCAUCUAAUCUGAAUCUGCCCUGAAGGAGGCUGCUUGAGACAGGUACAUGUUGGUUUUUUAAACUGAUCAUACCUGGCAAUUAGGUUGCAAAAAACAGAAGACACCUUGAUAGCUGGAAGUAUCUUUCUUUACUAUUUUACUUCCCACUUUCUCUCCAUUUCAUUCUGGCUAAUGGUAGAAGUUGCUCUCUGUGCUAUCUUCUCACUUCGGAACCUUAAAACCAAGUGUAGUGUGGAAAUUCUGUCCCUGUGCUAGGAGGGUUUAGGACCCAGCUGGGUGGGGGAGAUGGAAGGAGCAUAACCAGAUGAAAGCAAUGUCUCACUUGGGUAUCAGAAUUUCCUCAUUAUGCGACCCCACAGAGAUCAUAGAGGAGAGAAGAUAGCAAUUGCCUGAUCAGCAAACACAAGGCAGCAGACCACUGUGUAUGGUAACAGACCCCUACGAAAGUAAUAACGAGGCCUCUCCUGUUCAUGAACUAGGUGAGUCAGACAGAGUAAUUAAAUUGUACCUCUUUGAA